AUGACCUUGCGCACUCAAGACAAACAGUUGUUAGAUGACAACACCUGCCUAGUCCUGCAAUUAUUUAAUCUUGAAAAAAACAACUAGGUCAACAAAUAUUAUACACACACUAUUUCGAAUUAAACACGAAACGAAAGUUAUCACAUUAAAACAAAAGUUGAUUUCACAAUCUUUUUGGGACCGUAAAUAUCUUAUACCCCUUAAUAUAAGAUAAUAUUGGACAGUCAUGUAAUUGAUGUUGUCAGCUAACGCCUGGAGCCAGGGACGUUGCUCACCUGAAUUUAAUUUUGCUUAUCGUGGGCUUUUGGAGCUUGAGGUUCUAAGAUAGGGACGCCAUGGAAUCCACACCGCAUGACCAUCACUUUGACAAUCUUCACAGAGGUGUGCUGUCCGAGCUAUCUACAAUAUCUGCGACGACAGUAUCGGCACAGGUUGAGUCAGGAGGCAAUUUGGAAGAACAGCAGCUGAAAGUCUACCUGCGAGUGAGGCCAUUUUCCAAGGAAGAGCUCUCGAACAAUGAGGAUCAGGGUUGCGUGGUUUUGGAAAACUCUGAAACUGCAGUACUGCAGGCUCCUAAGGACUCAUUAUCAAUGAAGAACAGUGAGAGAGGGAUUGGCCAAGCUGCGCAUAAGUUUUCAUUUUCUCAGAUCUUUGGGCCAGAGACAACCCAGACCCGUUUCUUUGAAAACACAGUGAGAAGCCUUGUGUAUAGUUACCUAGAAGGACAAAAUUCUUUGGUGUUCAGCUAUGGGGUGACCAAUGCAGGAAAAACCCAUACAAUCCAAGGAUCAUCAAAUGACCCUGGCAUUUUGCCACAAGCUCUUGAUGUGAUCUUUGACCAUAUCAAAGGGAGGAAAUACGAGCACAUGGAUUUGAAGCCUUAUCUUAGCAAUGAUGUCCAGUAUCUAGAUCAUGAUCAGGUCAAGCAGGAGAAGUGCACAAAAGCUGCUGUGUUAGCAUUGCUGAAAGAGGAAAAUGAACAAUCUACAAAAGCCACCAGAAGCACUACCAAUCUUAAAGGCAUUUUAAAAUCUCAACCUGAACCAAGUUUCUCCUUUUCGUCAGUAUCCUAUGAUCAGACAGCUGGUCCCUUUGACAUGACUGAUUCAGCCGCUGAAACAGAUUCAAGCCUGUUCUCUGUGUGGGUCUCUUUCUCUGAAAUCUACAAUGAAAGUGUGUACGACCUACUUGAACCCAUCCCCACUUCUAAAAACAAGAAGCGGAUUGCCUUGAGGGUGUGUGAGGACUCUUCUGGAAACUCGUAUGUGAGAGGUUUAAAGUGGAUUAAUGUCCAGAGCACUGAAGAAGCCUGCAAGAUCUUGAGAGUAGGAAACAAAAAUCGAAGUGCCGCCUCUACAAAGAUGAACCAUUCAUCAAGCCGAAGCCACAGCAUAUUUACUAUCAAACUGAUGAAAAUUCAUGGAACUGAAGUCCGCAGGAUGUCUGAACUUUCUCUUUGUGACUUGGCUGGUUCGGAACGCUGCAACAAAACUAAGACCUUUGGAGAGCGCCUGAAGGAGGCUGGAAAUAUUAAUAAUUCACUGCUUAUUCUGGGAAAGUGCAUAGCUGCAUUGCGUCAGAACCAGAACGCCAAAAGGAAUGGUUAUGUCCCCUUUCGCGAGAGCAAACUGACACGUCUGUUUCAGUCCAUUUUCUGUGGGAAGGGCAGAGCAUGUAUGAUUGUGAACAUUAACCAGUGUGCUUCCACCUAUGAUGAAACUCUCCACGUGAUGAAGUUCUCUGCUGUGGCCAAACAGGUGGUUCAAAUAAUACCUUCCAAAACCCUGGAGAGUAUAGCCCCCCGAUUGGUGGGGAAGGAUGGAAAGCCCCUCAUCAGAGAUGGAGUGAUUGAUAAUGAAGCCCUUGAGAUGUACUUGUCAGAAGAAGAAUUGCUUGAUGAUGAUGAUGAAUCUGACAUGUCAGUCCUGCCUCAAGAGGAACUUCUGAAUAUUAUCGAGACCCUUAAAGAGAAGCUGCUUGCUGAACGGCGUAAAAAUGUCGUCCAGGAGAUUGAAAUCCGUAAAGAGAUGGGAGACGCAAUGCUCCAGCAGCUCUUGGAGAGUGAAGAGAUCAGAAAUAGGCAGAUUGAAGAGCUUAAGGACAGCUACGAAGAAAAACUGGAGAAUACUUUUGAAAUGUACAAAGAUGCCAUCAAAGAGCACGCCUAUCAGUGUGCUUUAGAAAGAGUAGAAGAGGAGUAUGUACCUGUGGAUGAAUUUCUUGCUGAACAAGAGAGAGUUCAGGAUUUGACGAAAAAGCUUGCUGAAAUGGAGCAAAAGCUUAGAAGUUUCCAGAGCAAUCCUUCUGAUCCACAGACCAUGACAAGUUCAAACCAGUAUUCUCUCGAGUUUGAGUCUGGCUCCUCAGAGUCAAAGAGAAACGAUGCACUUCCUGAGGCAAAUGCCUUGUCUGAAAAGCUGCAAGAAGAGAAAAACAAGGUAAUUAAAUCUUUGGAAAAAAAGGUUGUAGAACUGAAUAAAACCCUUCAGGAAGCUGCAGAAAGCUUUAUGAAAAAACAGACAGAAAUUAAGGUCCUACAACAGAAAAUUACUGACCAGGACCAGGAGAUCGAAAAACUGCAGAAUACCACCUUGGAACUAGAGACUUUGGUGUCACGACUUAGAGAAGAACUUGAGCAGCUGAACAGGAUUUCAAAAGAGGCCCCAGAGCAGCCCAAGCCCAAGAAAGGCCUGCUUGCAAAUAUAAAGGCAUCCGUUUCCUCUCCUGUUAAACUGAGCAGAACGUUGAAGAAAUCUGCUAAGAGCACUCAGAGCUCCUCGCGGAAGAGAGCCUUGUGAAGAAUUUGUUGCUGUGAAUGUUUUUAGAAAUGUUAAAAAGUAUUAAAGAAUAUUAAUGUCAAAUAUUUUAUUUUAAAUAAAGACCAAACAAUGAAAUGUG